UGAAACUCAUGCAAUUAUUGCAAUUUGCGCAAGAUCUUUUUGCAAGAAGUGCAAUAAUAAUAAUCCAAGAUGAAGUGCCUUAUUCUUACUGUUUUGGUUGUUCUUAGCGUUGCUUUUGCGGCCGAUGAAAAAUAUACCACCAAGUACGAUAACGUUGACUUAAAACAAAUUUUAAGUAACAAGAGAUUGUUGAAGGGCUACGUUUUUUGUUUAUUAGAAAAAGGACCGUGUAGCCCAGAUGGUACAGAAUUAAAACGUGUUCUUCCUGACGCCAUUGCAACCGAUUGCGCUAAAUGCAGUGAUAAACAGAAAAAUGGUAGUAAAACUGUUUUAAGGCAUUUGAUUGAUAAUGAACCUGAAUAUUGGAAGGAAUUGGAAGCCAAAUACGACGAGAAAGGCCAAUACAAAAGUAGAUACGAAGCUGAACUUAAAAGUGAUAAAAAGGAAUAAGUGAGAAAACGGUGGAAUGGAGAUUAAGUAUUUUUUAUUAACAAAAAUAGUGAUGAAGUAGAAGCGGUAUUGAUGUUAAAAUUUUUUUCUUAAAACUAGACACAAUAGUUUACUUUUUUUGUUGUAUUUGUAUUUACUUUGUGAUUUUGUUAAAUUCUUCUUAAAAAAUAUAGAAAAAUUAAUAAAAAUGCUUGACAUUGG